AUGGCAAAAAGGAUUAGUGGUCUGCAACGCGAAGUACUUCAGGUGUAUAGACACUGCAUAAGAGCGGCUCAUCGGAAGCCCCUAACAAACCAGCCAAAUUUCGUUAGAUACAUAAGAACAGAGUUCAGCAAGUACCGAGAUAUCUCUCGCAAAGAUUUCAGCACCAUAGAACACUUGCUCAGGGUCGGAAAUCGUCGCUUAAAAAUGUAUUCCGCAUCGGAGGUGAAAGACAUACAUUAG